AUGGGCCCGACGCUCCAGCGCCAUCCAUUUUCAGGGCUAGUUGAUUCGGCAGCACGCGCGCUCACGCUCCACCUCCCCGACGGGGCGGGCGAGACGGGCCGGUGGUGCGCCCUCCGCUCGGAGGCCUCGGGAUCCCACCUCGGCCGGCGCGCGCCGGCCCUCACCUUCAUUGCGCCACGGGGCUUUCGUCGGCAGCCUCUGACUCGCGCGCGUGUUAGACUCCUUGGUCCGUGUUUCAAGACGGGUCGGGGGGGCGGCCGACGUCGCCGCGACCCCGUGCGCCGGCGCGGCCCCAUCCCGCCCGGCGGCGCGACGCGGUCGGGCGCACUGAGGACAGUCCGUCCCGGGAGACAGUCGCGUCGGGGCGGGGGCCCAGCCCCGCGCGCGCGCCCCGCGCCUGCCCGCCGGCCCCCGCGAGGCGGCGGCGGAGGGCGGCGGGGAGCCGGCAGGGGCGGCGCGGCGGCGGUCUUCUCCCUCGGCCCGGGAUGCGGCGAGCUGCUGCCGGCGGGCUCUAACCCCGCCGCCCGGCGAGGCGGCGGGCCACCUGCCCGUCGAGGCCUUCCCAGCCGACCCGGAGCCGGUCGCGGCGCACCGCUCCGGCGGAAAUGCGCCCGACGGGGGCCGGAGCCGUCCGGGCGGCGGUCCCUCCGGAACCCCCUCCCGCGAGGCGGCGGGAGGAGGACCCGCCGGCCCGGCCCGGCCGACCUCGCCCGCCGGGUUGAAUCCUCCGGGCGGACUGCGCGGACCCCACCCGUUUACCUCUUAACGGUUUCACGCCCUCUUGAACUCUCUCUUCAAAGUUCUUUUCAACUUUCCCUUACGGUACUUGUCGACUAUCGGUCUCGUGCCGGUAUUUGUAUAGAUGGAGUUUACCACCCGCUUUGGGCUGCAUUCCCAAGCAACCCGACUCCGAAGACCCGGUCCCGGCGCGCCGGGGGCCGCCACCGGCCUCACACCGUCCGCGGGCUGUGCCUCGAUCAGAAGGACUUGGGCCCCCCGCCGGAGCGCCGCCGGGGAGUGGGUCUUCCGUACGCCACAUUUCCCGCGCCCCACCGCGGGACGGGGAUUCGGCGCUGGGCUCUUCCCUCUUCACUCGCCGUUACUGAGGGAAUCCUGGGGGGCUCGCGCGGUCCACCGCCGGCGCGGUCGGAUCGCCCGGCCGCCCCCUCCGAGGGAGGCGCGGCGCCACGCCGAGACCAUCCCGGACGCCGCCCCCUUCACCGCGAGGGCCCACGGGGAAACGUCCGAACACGGGCCGCGGCCGGCCGGCGGGCCGGGACGCACCACGCUCGCGCACGGGCAUGCGACGGUAACACCGCAGACAGCCGCGCGGAGCGCGCGCCCGACCGGACCGACCGGCCGGCCGCACACCUCGCGUGCGACGCCGGAGCCGACUCGGGAGACGGGGCCCGUCGCGCCGCGCCGGGGCCGUCGGCCGCCUCCCGCAGAGGGAGGGCCGCGGCCACGGGCGAACGCGCUCGGGCGUCCCGGACGGGAGCGACGCACGCGGGCGGAACGGACGACCUUCCCCCUCGCUCCGCCGCCACCGGGGCGGGGCGAGGCAGGCGGCGGUACGGGACGGACGCCGUCGGGGUCUGGACUUGGGGACGGAGGCCCGAGGCCCGCGAACCCCAGCCGCGCCGAGGCGCCUCGCCGCCCGCCGGGGACUCGGACGCCGAUCCCGCGCCGCGCAGGAGGCGCCCGGAACCCGGGCGGAGGCGGGGGACCGGGCGCUCGGCUCGGCCCGGGACCCCUCCGCUCGGGAGGCCCCACCGCCGCUGGGGGGGAAACGCGGAGAGUCGAGGCGGAGCUCCCCGGUCCCCGGCCUCGCCCGGCGAGGCAGCUCGAGGCUUUGAACCGCCGCCGACCCCGGGCGGGGAACGGCGUCUCGGGUACCCGGCCCACGUGUUUGGGGAGGGAAACUGGCGGCGCGGAAAGAGGCCGACCCUCCGGCGCGGCGACCGCGACGCCGCCGGCCCGGCCUCGGCGGGCGGCGCGCCGGCCGCGCACGGAAGGGGACGCCGGAGCUGGAAAACGGCGCGGCGGCAGCCCGCCUCUCCUGCCCAUCGGGCCUGCGGAAGUUUCCUCCGAUCGGUCCGACGCACCCGAGGGGAAGGCGGGGCCGGGCCGGUCCGCCGGGUCCGGCACUCGGUCACGAAGGCGGAAGGAAGGAAGGACGAGCGGACGAAGCGAGACAGGGCGACGCGCUCGGCCGCCGGGCGGAGGCCGCGGAGGAGAGGACCCCGGAGCGGGUGGCGCGGGGGCUCGCGACGAGGAGACCCCGUCGAGCCCCGCCCGGGCAGCUCGGGUCACGGCCCAGCCAACGACGGCGGGGGAAGCCCUGGUCGCGGCGCCGGAGGACGCGCGUCACCGCCCCCUCGGACCGCGCAGCGGCGACCGGCACGGAGGCCCGGCCCGCCCGGACGGCCCGGCCCGCGCCCCCCCCUCCCGGUGAGAGGGAGGCGGGGAACGCACCGGCACCGCCUCGGACGUCGGGCCACGCCGCCCCCCGGCCCCGCCCGCGCCGCAGUUUCAGCUUUGCAACCAUACUCCCCGGAACCCAAAGACUUUGGUUUCCGGAAGCUGCCAGCGGCUCAUGGGAAUAACGCCGCCGGAUCGCUAGUCGGCAUCGUUUAUGGUCGGAACUACGACGGGCCUCGCAAGAGUCCUGUAUUGUUAUUUUCGUCACUACCUCCCGCGUCGGGAGUGGGUAAUUUGCGCCUGCUGCCUUCCUUGGAUGUGGUAGCCGUUUCUCAGGCUCCCUCUCCGGAAUCGAACCCUGAUUCCCCGUUACCCGUGGUCACCAUGGAUCAACCAGGUAGCCGCCCAAGCUGCGCGGGGAUCGGAGCCGGCGAAGGAGCGGGCCGGCGACGGCGGGAGCCGAACGCCGGCGUGGGCCGGCUCGGUGGCCCCUCCGCCUCGCGGCGGGGCCGGAGCGGGGGAACGCGGGCGGCGGUCGGGCCGGGAGGGGGAAGCCCCACGGAGGCCUCCCGCACUGGCCUUCCGGAGGCCUCUCUGGGGUCGGUCGGCUCCGAGUCACGCUAG